AUGAUUGCCUUGCAAUCAUCCAAAUCAGCAACUCUUAGUGCUACAGCCUCAACUAGCAAAGCUCAUCCUAUCCGUCCUAUGUCACCACACCUCCAACAUUAUUCUAUUAUAUCGCCCUCUUCUACAGCUAAUAAGCCUCUAGUACCUACCAAAUCGAGUGCAUUCAAUAUACAGCGGCGCUGUAGUUCUUCAUCCGAAACCAACACUAGGCGUGGCUCUGUAAAAGCUCUUACCACGCAACGGUCUUUCCCUCACUUACCAAACAAAAAAUCCUGGAAACGUCGUGGUUCUGAUACUUCAAACAAGACGAGCGCAUCCUCCACAGCAACUUAUAUCAAUACCGCUGCUUCCGAUAGCGAUCUAACCCUCGAACUUAUGGUGGAUAAGAAAUGUACAACACAAUCUGCUACUAUUAUAAUGGAUUCCUCUCCUGCUAUUGUGCCCUUGACAAUACUUCCUGCUGGUGACCUUAUCCAUUAUGCUAGUCGAAAGCGUAACAAAGACUUCCAUUCGCUUUUCGAAGGGCUGUCUGAUGACGAAAGACUUAUAGAUGAUUAUGGUUGUGCUCUUCAAAGAGAAAUUCUUGCUCAGGGUAAAAUGUAUAUUUCCGAAGAUCACUUGUGCUUCUAUGCAAAUAUUUUUGGUUGGAUCACAAAUUUGGUUAUUGACUUCAGGGAUAUAGAGUUGAUCGAGAAAAGAUCCACUGCUAUUAUUGUACCAAAUGCCAUAUGCAUUACAGUAGGUUCAACCAAAUACUUUUUUGGAUCUUUUAUUUCUCGUGAUCAAGCGUACGAUUUACUGGUUGAAUUAUGGAACAAUGCCCAAAUGAAAUGCAACACUACAAAUGCAUUAAGAACAGUCAGCCACUGUAACAAAGUGGGAAAUGCUAUAGGUCCAACAGACAGCGCUAUGGAUGGUACGAGUGAAACUAUAGGUGACGACGAAAGCGGUUAUACGUCUUCCUUUGAUUGUUCAGACUGCUCAGAUCAUGAGCUUGAUGAACAUGAACACCUUAUCGUUCGUAAUAAUGCGAAAAUAAUUGAUCAGAAUUCAGUAUCAUCUUUGAAAACAACAGAAAACCAAAUUUCGCUGGAUAUGACGAUGACAAUAAAUGAUGCCACUACUCGAUGCCACGCUCUUUCAGAAACUGGCGCGAGAGACAUCAAUAUGAAAGAGGAUCAUAAAACGACCAUUGAAAAGUUAUCCCCUGAAACAACAAAAUGUAAUGACAUGAUGACAACUGCAAAGUCAGCAUCCUCAACGGAUAUUACGACUACCAAUGCUACUGCUGAAAAAACAACAGCUUCAGCAAAAGCAAUGAGUGAUAGCGCCUUAAACAAAACCAGCACGUCUACCCAUCAGAUCAAGAGUAUCACCGAAUGUGAAUGUAGCAUCAAGAAUGAACAUUUUCCUAUUGUUGUGUUGGACAGCAAAUAUAAAACUGACUUGAGAACAAUCUAUGAGCUACUUUUUGUCACUGAUUUCAUGGAAAUCUUCCUUAAUAAUGAUCAAAAGCUUUCUGAUGUUAGUAUUGGCGCUUGGAGUAUUGAGAACAAUAACUGUCGGGAACGUCAAACAAGCUAUGUCAAACCACUCAACAACGCUCUUGGUCCUAAACAAACCAGAUGCAUAUUAACGGAACAAAUUCAGCAUGAGGACACCACCGAUUAUAUCACUCAUCUGUCAGUAUGCCGAACGCCCGAUGUACCUUCUGGCGGAUCAUUUCUAAUUAAGACUCGCACAUGUAUUUCAUGGUGCGCCCAAGGGCAAGUACGUGUGCUGGUCACCGUAAGUGUAGAAUUUACCAAAACAUGUUGGAUAAAAGGUACGAUUGAGAAGGCAUCGAUCGAAGGCCAACAGAAGUUUUAUACGGAAUUGGAUAUCGCACUUCAAGAACAUCUUUCACGGCUGGCUAAAACAGAACAACAGCAACCAGGGCAGCAAGCUGCUGUAAUAGGAAAACGAAAAAGCGCUCGGCACCGUCAAAAGCGGAGGCAUUUAGACGCAAAUAGUACCCAUCAACAGCAACUGCCGAUAAGAUCCCCUUCUACCAAACGCCUAUCUUUUAAGUUAGCUGCUGUCAAACAACCAAAAGAAUUUGUCGUCGGCCACACAGUAUCCAGAAUUGUCAACUGGUUUCUCAACAAAGAAUUUACUAUCCCUCAUCAAUUUUAUGUGGUUAUUCUUCUGAUGAUCGUGCUCUGUCAAAUAUAUACAGGCAUGAUAAUGGCAUCUUUGAAUAAUCAAAUAGACCGUAGAUGUAAUGCUUUCCAAAUGCCUGGUGCUGCCCGUUCUGUACGAUUCUCUCCUUUAUUUGCUGAGCAAGACUGA